CUAUCCCUCCUCACUCCACAUUGACAGCAGCUCUCAUCACAACUCAACACUGCUGUCGCCGGCAGGCUGAAGCACUUUCAGGCACACACACACGUUGAAUCCCACUCACUGACGCUGAGUGGCAUCUUCAGCACACACCAAGACGCCCUUGGACUGCUGCAGGCGAGGAUGAGGGUGUGGUCAUGGGAGCAGUUUGGGGAGACAGGUGUGGUCCUCUUCGGCUUCCUGACCCUGGCCAUGUCUGUGGGAAACCUGUCCUCCAGAGGCCUGCAGGAGGAGGGCGCUGCGUCCAACAGCCUGGAGGACCAGCAGGAGGUCACCACCUACUGGUGGGGCGAGUGGGCCAAGUGGACGGCCUGCACCCGGACCUGCGGCGGGGGGGUGAUGUCCCAGGAGCGCCACUGCCUCAAACAGAGAAAGAAAGUUGCUGCUGGAAAGGACAACAUGACCUGCACAGGAACGGCCAAGAAAUACCAUCUCUGCAACACCGGAGACUGUCCCACCUCUGGGAGGAGCUUCCGGGAGGAGCAGUGCUGGUCGUUUAACUCGCAGCGUUACAGUGGGAGGAACUACCAGUGGAAACCUCUCUAUCCGGAUGAUUAUGUUCAUAUCUCCAGCAACCCCUGCGACCUCCACUGCACCACGACCGACGGCCAGCGGCAGCUCAUGGUGACGGCGCGAGACGGCACCUCCUGCAAGUACAGCAGCUACCGCGGCGUGUGCGUGGACGGGACGUGUGAGCCGAUCGGAUGUGACGGGGUUCUGUUUUCCUCCAACACGCUGGAUAAAUGCGGCGUUUGCCAGGGAGACGGCAGCAGCUGCAGCAGAGUCACUGGAAACUUCCGGCGUGGAGCCACAACGCUGGGUUAUUCUUUCAUCACCCAAAUCCCUGAUGGAUCCUGGGAUAUCCAGAUCAUCGAGAGGAAGAAAUCAGCCGAUGUUCUCGCUGUGACCGACCAGGCAGGAAACUUCUUCUUUAACGGCGCCUACAAGUUGGACAGUCCCCAGAACUUCCACGCCGCGGGAACCAUCUUCAAGUACCGGCGGCCCAUGGACGUUUACGAGACUGGGAUCGAGUACGUCGUGGCCAAGGGCCCCAUCGACCAGGCCAUAAACAUCCUGGUGUGGAACCAGAACGGCCGGACGCCCUACAUCUCCUACGAAUACACGGUGCUGCGGGACUCCCUGCCGCCCGUCCCGCCGCCGCCGGUCUACACCGGGUCGGACACGUCCACCGCCGAGGUGUCUGUGGAGGAGGACAGCCCCGCGUCGCCCAACGGCAGCGUCUACCAGCAGAAGGUCCCCGGGGGCCCGCUGGAGGCGGGCGGGGCCGACGGGCCCAAGGGCCAGGAGACCAACGAGGUGUUUGAGGAAACGACGGCCCUCAACUGCGAGGAGGACGAAGCCGGGCUGCAGAAACUCACAGGAAACAGCAGCCAAACUCACGGCACCGCCAAGCCUCCCCUUGAUGAUGGCGCCCUGGACUCGGGGUCGGACUCCACCAACCUGAUCUGGCGGGUUCUGCUGAACGGACGGAUGGGUCCGGAUGAGCUGCUGAUCAACAUCUCCACCAACCAGCUGCUGACGGAGGGCGACGCCCUGUUCCCCCCCGAGGCGGGCCUGAGCGACCCGCAGCGGCCGGCCGGCCCGCUGGACCUGAACGACACGCUGGAGUUCGCUCUGGGCCACAGAGGCAACGACAGCGGGGACAACCAGAACCACACGGCCCAGACCGGCGCCGGCCGCUUCAACAGAACCAGGGGGAAUCAGAGGCUCUUCCAGAAGAGUCUGAGCGCUGCAGACAUGUACCGCUGGAAGCUUUCCUCCCAGGAGCCGUGCAGCAUGACCUGCUCCAUCGGCGUGUCCAAGUCCUUCGUCACGUGUGUUCGCUACGACAGCGUGGAGGUCCACGACAUGUACUGUGACCCUCUGACUCGGCCGGAACCGGUCCACGACUUUUGCAUCGGCAGAGCGUGUCAGCCGAGGUGGGAGGCCAGCAGCUGGAGCGAGUGCUCCCGGACCUGCGGCGAGGGCUUCCAGUUCCGGCAGGUCCGCUGCUGGAAGAUGCUGUCCCCGGGCCUGGACAGCUCCGUCUACAGUGACCUCUGCAUCAUGGCCAACCUGGAGCGCCCCCCGGAGAGGCGCGCCUGCAAGAGCCCCACCUGCGGCCCGCAGUGGGAGGUGGCGGAGUGGACGGAGUGCCCGGCCAAAUGCGGCCGUAGAGCUCAGGUGACACGAGACGUCCGCUGCUCCGAUGAGACCCAACCCUGUGACCCCAUGACCCAGCCGCCAAACCUGAAGAACUGCACAGGGCCGCCCUGCGAGCGCUACUGGACCGUGUCGGAGUGGGGCCCCUGCUCCGGGUCGUGUGGCCACGGCCGGAUAGUCCGACAUGUUUACUGUAAGACCCCCGAGGGCCGCGUGGUUAAUGAACACCAGUGUUCCCUGGAGAACAAGCCUCUGGCCAUCCACACCUGUGGAGGCAGGGACUGCGCUCCGCACUGGCUGAGCCAGGACUGGGAGCGGUGCAACACGACCUGCGGCCGCGGAGUGAAGCGGCGGAUCGUCCUCUGCGCCGGUGUCACCGGAGGAAAGUUCCAGACGUUUAACGAAGAGGCGUGUGGAGGCAGCCAGAAGCCAGAGGUCGAAGCCACGUGUUUCGAGAGGCCGUGCUUCAAAUGGUACACCACGCCCUGGUCCGAAUGCACAAAGACAUGCGGCAUUGGUGUGAGGAUGCGGGACGUGAAGUGCUACCAGGGCAGGGAGCUGAUCCGGGGCUGCGACCCGCUCACCAAGCCAGUGCCCAUGCAGACGUGCACGCUGCAGGCCUGCCCCACCGAGCCUCCAGAUGAGAGCUGUCAGGACCGGCCCUCCACCAACUGCCUGCUGGCUCUGAAGGUGAACCUGUGCAGCCACUGGUACUACAGCAAGGCCUGCUGCCACUCCUGCCGAGCCGUUCGGGCGUGACGGACCGGGACGCCGCAACUACAGCGUCGCUGCAGCAUCGCUGCAGCUCCCUUCACUAAAACACACUAAUGUCUCCACUGUUUCCCUCGUCUGGUCAAAUUUCUGUUGACCUGUUCAGCUUUUUAGUUAAAAUUAGCAGUGAUUAGCUUAGAUUGUUUUAAUAAAGAUGUUGACUUUGGAGGGCCGUUUGUAAAGUUACAGUCAAAAAUGAACAGAAAUAAUUUGGGUUAUUUAGCCUGUAAUAAUAGAAAACAAUGGGGGUUAAUUUCACAGACAUAUUUUCAUCAGGUUUUGUUUAUUCAUUUAUUAAUGUCACAGAUUCAAGCUGAAUAGUUAAAUCCAAACUCAACAUUUAGAUAUAUUUAGCUUGAAGCAAAAUAUUUAAUUUGAAGCUAAACAUUUAGCUUAACAGCUAAAUAUGAAAUUUUGUAACCAAAUAUUUAGACAGCUCCACAAUAAAUACUUAAAUAUUUAUCUCACUAGCUAAAUAUUUAGGUUGAUGCUAAAUAUGAAACAUAAAUAGUUUGGAGCUAAAUGUUUUACUAAUUAAAUAUUUAAUCUAGUUAAAUAUAUAGCUUUUGGAGCAAAAGAUUUAGUUAACUUCACACUAACUAUUUAGCUUGCGAUCUGAAUAUUUCAUUUAGAUUGUUCCAUAAAUAUUUAAUUUGAGGCUAAACGUUUAGCUUGCUAGCUAAAUACUUAGUUUGGAGCCAAAUAUUUAUUUGCCAAGAUAAAUAUUUGACUCUAAGCUGCAUAAUUAGUUUUCUAAAUAAAAACCUCGUUUGACAUUCAGAAAUAAGUGACUAACAGUUUCAAUAACUGACUGGAUAACUUUACAAACAGCUCUCAGUAGCAGUGAUCAUGUUUCAUCCUCUUGUUUUCAUCCUUAAAUUGAAACUCAUCGCCCCCUGCUGGCUUGGCAUGCUUACUGCAGCGCUGUUUGGAUUCUUGUCCAGAUUCUUGAGAUGUUUUUGUUCGGAUAAUAUCCGGGACAGUCCAAUCGAGGCCUUAUGUUUUUAAAGCAGCUACUGUGAAUAAUGAGAAAACGUUUUUAAAAAGCAGAACUUUAUGACAUGAUUUUGUUUCCUUUUUGCUCCAUAGUCCUUUAGUAUCAGUUGUUAUUGAUUACUUAUCAUUUAUCAGUUCUGCUGUCGAGCCGAAGAUGAAGAUAAUUUUUCACCUUCUGUCGUGUUCUUCGCUACAGCAAAAACCCUAAAUUAUUUCCCAGCUGAAUAUCCUGCAUGACUUUAUAACAGAAAGUGUUGAUAUAUUUAACGUGGGUUUGGCGUCCGGCUCGCUGCAGCACCUUGUCAGAAACUUUCCCGUUGGACCCGCCUGCACCGUGCGGGAGCGUAUUUAUUAGUCGUAGCACAUUUUCAUUUAUCGUGACGGUCCCGACGCCAGCUGGCGGUUCUGUCGGGUCAACUGAUGCCAGUUCUGGUCUGGUUCUCUGGAGCGCAGACAGACAGAUUCCUGACACUUGAAGUAUGGCUGAAAUGUACUCAGAUGUGUAUUGAAAACUGUUGCCUACUGUGUGUUUUAUAUAACUGAUACCUCUUUGUACAAAACUGAAGUAUGAACAUUGUGUACUGUUAAUAUUAGCUGAAAACAUGAAGGUACUUUAAUUUCCAUUAAAUAACAGUUCAAAUGAGAAUAUUUUCUAUUUUUUUUCUGAAUUUAUAAACAUCCAGAUGUGAGACUGUGGGUCAUUUUUAUCUAUCUUUUUAAAUCUGUAGCUUUUGUCUCUGUUCUCUCUCUGACUCAAACUGCUUUACUGAAAUGAACUUCUUUAAAAUGUUAAAGUUUGAAAAAGAUCAAAAAUUCCCAGCUUGACUUCAAAACUUACGACGGCGUUUCGAGGCCAUAUUACGAAAAAAAUCAAAUGAUGUGAAAAAAGUGAUAAAAUUACGAGAAUUAAAUUGCAAUACUUCAUUCUGGUAUUUCUUGGACUUUAUUCUCAUAAACAGAAUCUUCACAGACAAUUUCUACAAAAAGUUUCACUUUAUUUGUUUUUGUGAUUAAAGUUUAUGUUCUGCUAUUAUUCAUGUCAUAUCCUGAAAAACAGUUUGAUUUAAUAUGUAUCAUAUGAAUGUUUUGUGUUCUGGACCUGCAGCCGGUUCAGCAUUUAGAGGCAGGAUGCUGAGGACCACAGGAAUCAACAUGUUGAGUUUUUAGGACUUUAAGUGAAAACAAACACGAAGUGAAAUUUGUGCUAAUAUUAAUAUUUAAACAGUGGAUCUCCAUCACUUACAGGAAUAACACAAAGAAGCUAAACUUGCAUUCUAAUAAGUUUCAUCUGAAAAUUUAAUCUAUUUACCAAUUUAUGUGAAACAUUGUCAGAAUUAUUUUGUUUCCUUCAACCGAAUAAAAUCUCUUAAAAUAUGAAA